CCCUACGAUCGCCGUAAGCAUCCCCUUACUCUCUUGCCGAAACGACCUACUCAUCUUCCCAACUGUAGUUGUUAUUUGUGCAAAAUUCAGUGGGAAGGGUUUGUUUAUUCUUGCUCUUUUUGCAAGAUUGAGCUUACUCUUGAUGAUUUUUUCUCACCACAAACAAUCACAAAUGCAAAUCAUGAACACCCAUGGACGAAUUUGUCAAGACAAAGGUCAUUUGUUUGUGAUUUUUGCGGUACCACCGGAGAUUGCUCCCAUUACAUUUGUGCUAUAUGCGACCUUCUUGUCCAUAAAAAUUGCAUUUCAUUGCCACGGAAUAUCUUGAUAACGCGACAUCAUCAUGUUAUUUCCCACUCAUAUUCUCUUCCGCAACAAGAUGAGUUGUGCAGAAUUUGUUACGAGGAAGUCGAAACGAGGUAUGGCAGUUACCAUUGCAAUGCUUCUGAUUGCGACUAUAUUGUUCAUGUGCAUUGUGCUACAGAUAAAGCAGUUUGGGAUGGAAAAAGUAUCCCGGAAGACUAUGAUGAGAGGUCCAUGGAAGCUCUUGAUGAAUCUAUAAAUUGGAUUACCGAUGUUGUUGAAGAAAUGAGUUUUGGAGAGAUUACGAUAGCAGUUGAGAUCAAACAUGCCUACCAUGAUCACAAUUUAAGACUCACUUUUAGUGGGGAGAUGAAUGAUGGUGGCCAAUGUGAUGGGUGUAUGAGGACUAUCUCAACUCCUUUUUAUAGUUGUGAGCAAUGUAAGUUUUUUCUUCAUAAAGAAUGCGCUGAAUUGCGGAGAAACAAACGACACCCAUUUGACAAGCACUUGCUUACGCUCACAAAUUCAAAUGCAGUACUUUUUGUAUGUAGUGCUUGCCAAAGUCUUCACCAUGGAUUUAACUACAAAUGCAAUGAUGGAAAUUGCAUGUCAUUCUUUGAAUGUGAUAUUCGCUGUAUUUUAUUAUCGGACACUUUGGAGCAUCCAAGUCACGAGCAUUCAUUAUUUCUAGUCCACAACUUUUCAGCGAAUUGCAAUGCCUGUCGUAGAAAAAGUGACCCAUGGAACACGGCAUAUAGAUGCACGAAGCGUUGUGAUUUCACUUUAGAUCUAGAAUGUGCCACACUACCACUCACAGCUUGGUACAAGCAUGAUAGACAUCCUCUUACUCUGACUUGUUUUGAUGAUUUUGAUCCUUCUCAACAUUAUUGUGAUCUAUGUGAGUAUGAAAGGGACCCAAAUGAUUGGUUUUACUAUUGUGCUGAAUGUGACAACUCUCUUCAUUCCAGAUGUGCUCUUGGGGAUCUCCCAUUUCUGAAGAUUGGAAGCAACCUUGACAAGCGUCUUUUUCAUAAACACCCACAUCCAUUCACUAUUAUGAAAAACAUAUGGGACUGUCCUCCAUGUAAAUUCUGCGGUGAGGUUUGCAAUGGACAAGCCCUACAAUGUAAAGAAUCUGAAUGUAACUUUAGCGUCCAUUGGAAAUGCACUUAUCAUUUAUGCUGA